CCGAUUACGAAGCCAUGCAUACAAUCAACCAGGAUCGGGCCUAAAUGAAGCGAUGGAUGGAGGGCGCGAAUAUGCGCUAAUAUGGAGUCUCUACGGUGUAGCCCUGCUCCUCAUCCUUGGACGCAUUCAGUCACGUAUCGUGAUUCGUGAGAGGCUAAAGAUUGAUGACUACCUGUCAAUUUUAUCGUUUAUCUUCCUAACCAUACAAACGGUUCUCCACACUCUGACCGUUCGGCCUUACCUUGAGGCAGAGUCGGUAUUUCACAGUAACUCUAACACGGCGGCUACCUUGACUGCAAAUCCAUCGUUGGAAGGCAGUACAUCUACAGUGUUACGCUACUCAUUUGCGUCGCUGAUUAUAUUUUGGCUCGCAGUUUGGAGUGUCAAGUUCUCUAUGUUGUUCUUUUUCCGCCGCUUUCUGUUACCGAUUCCCAGUUACAUGGAGGGCUGGUAUAUCGUGUUCGGUUUCACGACAAUGAAUCUACUAGGAUGUCUCCUGAUUCAGUUCUUGGGCUGCCUACCCUUCGAAGAUAACUUUUCGAUUACUUCAGGAACUUGUGUUUUGGGCCAGUCGAGAGAGCUCGGAAAGCUUGCUGGAACCACCGCACUGGAUAUAGUCUCCGACGUUAUGAUUAUCGUCCUUCCAACACGGAUUCUGUUCGAGUUACAUGCAACCAAGAAGCAAAAAGCAGGGCUCGUGGCUGUUUUUGCUUUGGGUUGGGUAGUUAUCGUAAUCGCCCUUGUAAGGGCAAUUCAUGCUUCCCUCGCUGGACGCAAUCAUCUCCGUACUAUUGAUUAUUUAUGGCUUUGGAUAUGGAGUCAGGUAGAGUGUGUAGCAGCGGUCAGCGUGGCUUGCUUACCACCGAUAUGGGCUGGUUAUAAGAAGAAGAAACAGACGGUGCAGCCUGCCACGCUGAUCACGAUCUAG